AUGCUGAUUCUUUGCAGGCUUUCAAGAGCUGUUACAGGCGCGCUUGCCGAGUACGCCGAGUUCCUGGGCGCGAUGUCCGUGCAGGAGGCCCAAAACAUACUAGGCAUUCCGGAAAGCCAGCAGCUUGCAGCCGCCUGCAUCAAAAAGCGCGCCGAGGCGGUGCGGGCAAGCAACAAAAAGGCUCUUCCAUCGGCCGGAUACAUACUGCAGAAGAUAUGCGGAGCAGAAAAGGUUCUGCUCCGAGAGAUUGAAUAG